UUAGUGGGUGUUAUUCCUCCGCAUAUUCGUAAACAUAGCCAGCAAAUCUGGAUGAAACCAGGGAGAAGAUGAUCGCCGCCUCAGAACCGGUGGAAUAUACGCCAGGUGGCCGACAAAUAAUCCUAAAGCAUCCUGGAUCUUUGAUCAGUAAACAAUUAUCCCAUAAUCGAACAACUAGUGGAGAAAAUAUUCUAUUAAAAAGAUUCAGUGAAGUAAACAUAUCGGAAAAGUCUCCCAAGGAGACAUGGAUGGUACGCAGUAAUAAGACAUGUGGAGAAGAAGAAUUAUAUUAUUCGGGUAAAGUAGCUGUUCACUGUAAGGGGAAUCAAGCUACAAGUACUCGAGUACUCGAAGCAACCUACACAUGUGAAACAAAUAUUAAGCAUGCACUUUGGUGUACGUUUCACUCUAGUAUUCCAGGUCAUUUAACUAAUAAGAACAAAGAAUAUGAGAAUGAGAAGUCAAUUGGCAAACCUGUAAAGUGUAUCUGCUUGCUGGACUCGUAUUCACUCAAGGUUUUUACGGAAAAUGGCGAAGAUUAUAUUUCUACCUUACAAUUUCAGGUUUCUGCUGUAUGGCCGACAAAAUAUGGUAUUAUACUCGAAAAAUGUCCAGUGUCAAUUACAGAUUCAAGAUACAUGUCGUUCGAAAACAGCAGAUUACCAGUGCAAACUGAUAAUUUACCGGUAGCCUUCUCGCUAAUGCAUCCAUUAGAUGAAAUUUGCCCUUUGCUUAUUAAGCAUGGAUCUGUGUCUUAUAUGAAUGAAUCGAGUCAGCAGAUUAUAUUUACCAGUUCGGAACCAUCCUUGGCUGUGAUAUAUGAUACAAAGUCUGGCUUACAUUCGGUUUACAAGAUCCGCAAAGCGUUAGCCGAAGAAUGCCAAAUAGUUUGUGGAAAUGACACGACCAGCUUAAUCAGUCAUUCAACUAAUAUGUCGCCAUUAAAUGUUGGAAGCAAUUUUUCCGGCAAUAAGAGCAAUAAAGGGCAUCUAAGUCCUUUUCUUCUUGGUAAAUGGAACGCGUUUAUUGCAGGAGUUACGAAUUUACAAAUGAGCAGCACGGGUAUAGGACUGGGUCUGUCCACCCCAUUUGGAUCGCGUAAUAGCUCUUACAGUACCGCUUCCGGCGGACCGUCACCUCAGCAACAACAAUACUCACGUUCGCAAAGCUCGAUGGCUACCAUUUCUCGCUGUCAAUCACCUACGCAUUCAGCGGUCUUGUCUCCUCUGCUCGGUGCAGGAAGCUCAAAUAUCUAUCACAGCAGAUUACACCAGACUGUCAUGGUGACUGCCUUCAGCCAGAUGCAACAAGGCGCAACCUCUAAUUACAACAGUGUUCAGUUGAAAGAUAUUGCAACUGCGGGCAGACCUCUGUAUCCUGAGAUUUGUCUCGAGCACGUAUGGACGGAAAACAUCGCUGCGUCAAAAGAUAUUUGCGGUCGCGCAUCGAAAGUUCUGUUAACAUCGGACUUCGUUGGACAAAAUUAUUUAGGUUAUUUGAUUCCAAAUCGUUCACAGCUAUUUUUAGUGAGAUUAGAGAAGACUAAUAAACAACAACAGAUUAUUUUUGGGAUGGUGACGACCAUUACAGCUAAAGACGUUGUUAGUUUGCCGAAUUUGCAAAUGAUAGCAAUUGUAGAUUUGUCAAAUGGUAUAACGUUAUACACAGGAAUAACAUGUGUGGGGAAAUUGCAUAUAUCUGGCAUACUUUCGAAUUUUACGGGCAGUAGUUACUUUUUAUCAAACAAUAAUCCCAAGCUUGGAUCUCCAUUUCCAAAACGAAGUUCCUUGAUUUCUCAAAAUUGUUCAGCUGCAAGUGAAAUUAAAUUUGAAGAAGCUUUACAUUUGCUAAGUCCUGUAGGCGGUAAUUGUGCUCGACCGCCGAUACUCUUGGAAAACUCCUUGCUAGACACAAAUCUUGGAUUAAAAGAAGCCGUAGGCAAUGAGAUAACUCUGGAAUGCGGAAAUAAACAAUAUUUUCGUAUAACAUUACCCAUAUCCAGCACAUCUCCUUUAGUUACAAAAUGUUUGCAAACAUUGCGGAGUGUGUUGCAAAAAGAUUUAGCCAUGCAAUUGUUGGUUAAAUGGUAUGGGGCUAGAAACGCGCCAGGCCCACAAGACUGUUCACCGGCACAAGAAUGGGAUCUCUUCCUCGUCGUUCUAUUUUCAUUAUUAGGAUACGACGUAGAAAAAUUACAUAUGAUACAGAAUAACGAGAAAGAUCAAUCUGUAGAACGUAAUAGUCCUAUGGUGCUACCCAAAAAGCAGAAAACGAACAAUUGUGGAUCCAUGGAUGACUGGCUGUACAUAAUGAAUUCGAGUGAAUAUAAAAAUUCUCAAAGUUUUAUCUCGAAUGUAUUGAAGAUUCAAAGAGCGUCCAAUUUUCUUUCCGUGACGAUUCAAAAUGCUGCAGAAUCAAAUAACAUUGGCAAAAUAAACGUGCAAGCCGCUCUCUUUCCGCAUUUUCCACUGAUUUUGUUUUCUCUUCACCUCUUGUACGAAGAAUUGAAGUUAAAUAGCGUGAUAUCGGAGAGUCUGCCGCUACUUGGACAGUUAUUGUAUCAACUGAGUAUAGAUUUAAAGUUUGAAAUAUAUACUCACCACUAUUUCCUUGACUUCCCUUCGUUGUUCUAUUUGAAAACCGUGAAGUCUCAAAUUAGCGAGUCAGACCUGCAGAAAAUAACAAUUCCGAAUUACAUACCUCAAAAACCACCGGACAUAUUUGAGACAUUGGACAAUAUUCUGAAUGGAAUAGAUACAACUACAUUCCCACACUUGAGUCACGUUAAUAUCAGAACGAGAAAUAUAAUAUACUUAACAGCACUGAUGGCAAAUGAAAAUUGUAUUAAUAUGAUAGAAAUGGAAAAGUAUGUCAAAUUAAUCAUACCUGCUGGAAGUCGCGUUGAUCUUCAAGAAAGUGUCAACAAGUUCGACAAGGAGAUAUUUAAAAAAUUGGAAAAGCCCACAACAGAUAGGAUAAUAUUGCUGUACCAUGAAAUGGAUAUGAAGAAAGAAGAUCUCAAGAUAUUACCGCCUGCGAUAUCCUUGAUGAUAAAAGACAUUAUGCACAGAUGUAGAGAAUGUCCACCACCGAAUUGGCCUAUGCGUGCGUAUGAGCUCAUAGAUCGCCAAGAUUUAGCUGCAUUGCAUAAACAUUUGGAACCAUCAUCGAAAUUGCAAUAUGACGGUGAAACAAAGGACUAUGGAAUAAAGGAUGAACAGGAUGACGGAAUGGAAUUUGAUGACACGAUAUUAAAAUUACGAUUCAGUAAGGAUCACAGGGUUGCCGAAGUGCGAAGAUUAUUUAAUUCUUCAAAACCAGUGAGGAUAGCGAUAGUUCAAAGGUCAAAUGUAAGCGAUCACGAAUUUAUAGAGGAGCAGGAAAGACAUUUGCACACAUUGUGCACGAGAACAAUGGCACUACCCGUCGCUAGAGGCAUGUUUACGCUGAGAACUUCUACGCCGAUGAUAACGGAGCAAUUGCCCAUUCCACGGUUGUGUUUAACCGGCAAGGCGCCACCCCGUGGAACCACUGUGGAGUUAACUCACAUAGAUGUUCCACCAAACAUGAAUUUAUGGCCAUUAUUUCAUAACGGCGUGGCUGCAGGCCUGUGUAUUCAUCCAGACGCGGACAUUGAUUCGACAUGGAUAGUGUACAAUAAACAGCAGCAGGGUGAAUAUGGGGUGGAGCACUCGGGAUUUUUAAUGGCUCUUGGCUUGAACGGCCAUUUAAAAAGCUUAGCUCCCUUAAGUAUAUAUGAAUAUUUGGCUGACUGUCAUGAGGCCACCAGUGUGGGACUUUUGUUGGGCUUAUCAGCGACACAUCGUGGCACGAUGAAUGUAUCUAUGACAAAGUUAUUGUCGUUGCAUGUAGAAACGCUUCUGCCACCAACGAGUAUCGAGUUAAAUGUACAACAGAAUAUCCAAGUAGCGGCGCUAAUGGGGGUUGGCCUUGUGUACCAAGGGACUGCUCACAGACACAUUUCACAUGCUUUAUUAUCUGAAAUCGGUAGACCACCGGGACCUGAAAUGAAGAACUGUGUGGAUCGUGAAUCAUAUUCUUUGGCAGCAGGCUUGGCAUUAGGUUUGAUCAUACUUGGCGCUGGUAACGGAACAGACUUACCCGAAAGCAUACCUGACACUUUGCAUUAUUACAUGGUCGGUGGACACACAAGACCCUUUUCCGGGGCACAGAAAGAUAAAUACAAGUCACCCAGCUAUCAAAUACGUGAAGGUGACUCGAUAAAUAUCGAUAUAACGAGUCCUGGAGCAACGAUAGCUUUAGGCUUAAUGUACUUUAAUACAGGAAACCGCGCGGUAGCCGAGUGGAUGCAGCCUCCCGACACGCAGUAUUUAUUAGAAUUUGUAAGACCGGAUUUUCUAUUGUUAAGAGUGCUCGCCAAAUCGCUAAUUCUGUGGGAAGAUAUCGAACCAACGAAAUCUUGGGUUUCUAGUCACGUACCUAAUAUCGUUUAUAAAUAUAGAUUGCAAAAACCUACGCCAGAAGUCAUACAGAAUGUGGAUUUAGAAACUAUCAAUCAGGCCUAUUGCAAUAUUAUUGCCGGUGCUUGCAUGGCGUUGGGAUUGAGAUAUGCGGGCACUGCUAAUAAAAAUGCUUUCAAGACUUUGUAUAAUUACGCACAGAUGUUUACAGCAUUGUCACAUAAGACUAUAGCUGAAUUGGCCGGGAAAUCGACUGUUGAAACAUGCCUGAACGUUGUUCUGCUUUCCACUGCAGUUGUAAUGGCAGGAACCGGUAACUUGGAUGUUAUGAGAAUAUGCAGACACAUACGCACUCGCGUAGGCCCUACAAGUGGCGUUGUUACCUAUGGUUCUCAUUUGGCAACACAUAUGGCUCUUGGUCUCCUUUUCUUGGGCGGUGGAAGAUAUACUCUUUCCAAUAAUCCAAAUGCAGUGGCAGCUCUUAUAAUUUCACUUUUUCCAAAGUUUCCAACUCACAGCAAUGACAACAGGUAUCAUUUACAAGCGUUGCGCCACUUGUAUGUAUUAGCAGCUGAACCACGUAUCAUCUUACCGAGAGACAUAGAUACUGGUCAGUAUUGUUACGCGACAAUACAUUUAACAUUUGCGUCUGACAAGGACGCCGAAGGACAAGAGAAUAGUUUACAGGCGCCCUGUUUAUUACCACAGUUAUGUAACUUGAAAAAAAUCGAGUUAAAAGAUUCGAGAUAUUGGAACAUUGUAUUUGAGAAGCACCACAACUGGCAACAACUAGAAAAUAUGCUCGAUAGACAUGAUUGCUUGAGCAUCAAGCAAAGAGCUGGUUGUUUGUCGUACAUGGAAGAUCCUCAGGGUUUUAGAAGCUUGGUGGCCCAAACUUUAACGACGGAAAAUGUAAUUGCGUGGGCCGCGCGACCAGAAUAUGUCACAUCGUUCACAAAUGAUAAAACUGUGUUAAACAUAGUAACAUAUUUUUUACAAUGGUUUAAAAAAGAAAUUAUUUGUUCUGAAAAUACCAAGUAUUCAUUGCAAAACGAUGUGCAAUGCAAAAUGCCAGAAUCUGAGCGGUAUUUUCUUCACAUAUUUGCAAUCAUUGUAUAUGAAUGUAUAAUAAAAGAUAAAGUAAGUUUAAUACCAUUAUGGUUGCAUAUAAUUAAAAGUCUGAAAAUUAUCGAAGAGCAACCAAACAGCUUUUCAAUAUGGCAAAUAAGGCUCCUUUCAUCACACAUGAGAAGAAUGAACUCCAUCGACAACGCAAAUCUAUUACUCAGUAUGGAGAGUAUGCUUGCAAUUAAACAGAAAACAAUAGUUAUCCUGGAUAAAUGGGAGCAUGAUAUGAAAUCUUUACUUAAACAAUAUCUCAUUAAUGGAAUGGUACAGGCUGAUACUAUAUCUUUAGCUAAGAUGUGCGCUUAUUUUAUAUUUUACGGUAUUCCAUAUCCACUUGGUGAUAAAGCGAACUGUAAGUAUCCAAAAGUAAAUAACUAUUUAUUGUACUUGAUAAGAACAUUGUUUCACUUUUUACGCUUAUUUUUAGUGAGUUUGACACAAUACUCUUCUAACAUACCAAGUAUUACAUUGUACAAAUUGCGCCAGAUCUUACAACCAACUUGAAAAUAAGAUAGAAGAUCUUAC